AUGAGCCAUUCAUGGAGGAACACACACGGAUUAAUCAGGAUCUCACCAGGCUGUUGUGUAGUGCUCGUAAAAAUACUAAAGAACAAGAUGGAGUUGAGCUGAUCGCAGAGCUAAAGCCCUCGUUCCAGCCCCGUCUGUACGGCUCGCCCGGCUGUGAGACAUGGAGCGUAUGCUUCUCGCCGGACGGUGCCUACUUCGCCUGGUCCUCUGGUUACGGCAUCGUGAGGCUUCUGCCAUGGCCUCUGCCCCCCAACCUUCAUGGUGCAGAUUGUAACAGCGAAGAGAAAACGCUGGACUGUGGAAACACUGUGUGGGGAAUGUCGUUUGGCCCACGCUCAUCACAUGAUGUUAAUUCUGCCCCGAAGUCUGAAAGCAGACACGACUUGCUGUUAGCAACAGGGCUCAAUGACGGACUGAUCAAGGUGUGGGUCGUCUCUACUGGAAAGUUACUGUUCAAUUUAACUGGACACAAGUCAGUGGUGAGAGAUUUACACUUCACUCCGAACGGAAGACUCAAUUUGGUUUCAGCAUCCAGGGACAAAACACUGCGAGUCUGGGACUUGGAAAAGAAAGGAACACCAUCCCACGUGCUGACCAGUCCAAAAUACUGGCAGUUCAAAUGUUCAGUUUCUGCAGAUAGUAGCAUGAUUGCUUCAGUGUGUAAUCUCGACUCGAAAGUGUACCUGUGGAGUCUGCGGUCUUACACCCUGAUCAGGAACCUGAAAUACGAUGACGAGAGGACCAUGGUAUCGUGUGAUUUCUCUAUGGAUGGAGCACUGCUUGCAGUGGGAUCAUUUCGUGCUGAUACAGGAUGGAGUUUGGACCUGUGGGAUCCCUACACUGCUGAUCAUCUUACUAAAAUCAUGGACUGUGACAUGUGUGUUGGCGGAAAUAACAACAUACUAACAGCAUUCUGUUUCUCUCCUGUCGCUUCUCAUUUAGCCUUCAAAGAUUACAGGGUGUUACAGAUUUGGGACCUGGAACAAGAUAAACUGGUUUUGGAGUCGGACUACAGCCAAGUCAGCGGGCUGUGCUGUGCCUUCCACCCACACGGCAUCGCCAUCGCUACAGGGAGUCGGGACGGACACGUGAAGUUUUGGAGAGUUCCUCGUCUGGUUUCUAGUUUGCAGCAUCUUUGUCGGACUGCACUCAGGUACUCGGUGUCGACCUACCAGGUGAGGGCGUUACCCCUCCCCAAGAAAACCCUGGAAUUCCUCACCUACAGGAGCAUCCCUGACAAAAAGAUUCUGCGCUGCAGCAAACACUACAGUUAAUCAACAUGACGGCACAUGAGAAAAUAAAACACUGUUGUGAGGUACACUGGUUUAGAAAAGCAACAAGAUUUAUUUAUAUUUUACAUUAAUGUUUCUGCUGCUAUAAAACUCCAGUACUUUUAUUUUUAAGUGUAAUGUACUCAAGCAAAAGUACUCAUUACAACAUCACAUUGUAACCAGACUGACUGAAUAAGACAUGAAGGGUGUGUAGAUGUAAAUAACUGGACUAGCUAUCACUGACCACUAGAUCUCUGACUGCCUGGAAAGCAGCUACCAUUGAGCUCAGCUGAAUCUUCUCAUUAGUUCCAGAGGCCAGACGAUACCUAAACAAGGAAGAGACUUUAAAUCCCACUGCACUCCAGAUCGACAGUUUUAUAGUCAGAGAAAAUGAUUUGGUUUAAAGCUUUUGCAACACUAUAUGGCCAAAAAGUAUUCGGACACCUGACCAUGAGAUUAUUGGACAUCUCAUGGUAUCAUCUAUGGAGUGACCCCCAUGUGAUCCACUAUUCUGAGAAGGUGCCCAUUCAGUUAAAAUAGCAUUUGUACGUCUGAGCACUGAUGUUGAUCAAGACAGCCUCAGUUGAUGUUCCAGUUUAUUCCGGAGCUGUUCGGUGGGGCUGAGGUUCAGGGCUCUGUAGAUUUUAAACCGAGCUUUUCGGUUCUGUGCACAAUCAUGUAUUAUUUCUUUUAUAUAAUUGAUUUAUUACAUCUGUUAGCAAUUGCUGUGACUGAACCCUGAAUAAUUAGGAGUGUCCCAAUACUUUUGUCCAUAUAGUGUAUUGGUAAUUGCCACUCUGCUAAAAUUAAAAAGUAUAUAUAAAUAUUACAUUGUGCUAACAUGCAACAAAAACUACAUUUAUUUAAUUCAGCUAACAACUGAAUAUAAUUAAACAAACCAUAAACAUCCACCUUAUAAAAAAAAUAAAAAAAGUCAACCAAUUAUGGGCAAACUUAAUAAUAACUUUUAAUAACAAUUACCGACUGUAGCCCAUCUGUUGGUCUGUACACUGUCACCCACAUGGACCCAAUUUAUCAUUAGCUGGUGCAGCAGUGUUGUUAGGAUUUUAAAGCACCUUAAUGCCAGUAUUUAGAAGAUGCACCCUGUGAUCUAAAAGUGUCCACUGAUAAAAGACUAGUGGAAGAUUAUAAUCAUUUUAAAAUCCCAACAACAACGUUGCACCUGUAUAUUUGUGUACAAACCGCCUACACAUAUCAGGGACGCUCAAUGGCAAACAUUAUAAUCAAAGUCACCGUCACUGGAUUUCAUGGCAGUGCAACAUCUUGAAUCGUAACGUUACGUGAAACAUGACGACUGCUCGGGCGAAACUUAUUAUUAUUUAUUAGGAUUUUAACGUCACAUUUUACACUUUGGUUACAUUCAUGUCAGGAACGGUAGUUACUCAUUACACAAGAUUCAUCAGUUCACAAGUUUAAUAUCAAACACAGUCAUGGACGAUUUUGUAUUUCCAAUUCACCUCACCUGCAUGUCUUUGGACUGUGGGAGGAAACCGGAGCUCCCGGAGGAAACAAACAUGCUCCACAUAGGAAGGACCCAGAGCUUGGGAGAAACUUUAUAGCUUAAUUUACUACUUAAUUACAAAACCUGUAGGUCUGCAGAUAAGAACACGAACCUCUGAUAUAGUGUUUUAAGCAUAAUUUAAGUAUAUAUUUUUCAUGUUAUAUACAUAUCUCAGUUCAUUUAUUUGGAUUAUUUUGAUUAUUAUUUUGAUUUUUGUACCUGAUGGAAUGUGUUUCUAUGCUGUACAAUGUUCAGAAUUUGAAUCCUGUUAUUUAAAAAUGUGCAAUAAAAAUAUUUUAUCAAAUAGA